UUCAGGCGAAUUGUUCACUGCGGCGGACAGAGUGCGGCGGAAAAUCGUAGCGGACUGGGAAAACUCCUUGGGAAAAGUCGCGCGCGCGUUUCGCGUUUCUUAUCAUACGAAGCGGACAGUGAAAGUGGAAAGUUGUUGCGAGAGUGAAAGCAGGCCCCGGAGAAAGAAAAAAAAAACAGCAGCAAACACACAGAUAAAUCACAAGUUGCAAAUAAACAAAAGCCGAGGGAAUCGUCCAAUAAAAGGAAUCGCGCGUCUCAAACAAAUUUGUGACAUGCGUUUGAACAUAUUCGUUGUGAAGUGAAUUAAAUACGCCAGCAGAGCGUUUCAAUCAAGCGAAAACCGGAAGAGAAAAAAACGCUCUAAAAUGUAUGGCUUCGUUAACUACGCUCUGGAGCUGCUGGUGCUGAAGCAUUUUGGGGAGGAGAUAUGGGAGAAGAUCAAGAAAAAGGCCAUGGUCAGCAUGGAGGGACAGUUUCUGGUGCGACAAAUUUACGACGAUGAAAUAACAUACAAUCUAAUUGGAGCAGCUGUCGAGAUACUCAAUAUUCCCGCAGAUGACAUCCUGGAGCUUUUCGGAAAGACCUUCUUCGAGUUCUGCCAGGACUCGGGCUACGACAAGAUCCUGCAGGUCCUGGGAGCCACGCCGCGGGAUUUCCUUCAGAAUCUGGAUGCCCUGCACGACCACCUGGGCACCCUGUACCCUGGAAUGCGGGCUCCCUCCUUCCGCUGCACGGAGAAGGAUGGCGAGCUGCUCCUGCAUUACUACUCGGAACGGCCUGGCCUCGAGCACAUAGUCAUCGGCAUCGUCAAGGCCGUUGCAUCCAAGCUGCAUGGCGUCGAGGUGGAAAUCGACAUUGUCAAGCGCAAGGGAGAGCCCAUCGACGAGGCCGAGAAGGAGCGGGCCAUCGCCCGGGAGAAUCAGCAGCUGCUGGAGGACGCGGUGGCCACGACGACGACGGCGACGACGACGGGAUCGGCAACGGUUGUCCUGGCUCCUUCGACGGAUGCCGAGCGAAACAAUAAUCACAAUGGCAGUAGCAAUGGCAGCAGCAAUAAUGGAAUGGCCAACAACGGCAACACCGUCAACGUGAAUAACAACAACGAUGGCCAACAGAUUGCCAGCGAGACAGAUCCCUCCAUUGCGCUCAGCACGUGUCCCAUCGCCCAGGACAGCUUCGAUUGCGAUGGGGACAAGGAGCAGAAGUGCCUGCGACUGCUGAAGAACAAGAGUGACGACAUCGAGCGGUACGACCACGUGCAGUUCCUGAUACGGGAGAUCAAUGUGGCCGCCAAGUCGCAGGUGGAUGCCAAAAAGGACGAGGUGCCCGACGACAUGGAGUUCCUCUGCGAAGCUCCACUCAUAUCGCCCGCCACUUUCUGCAAGGUGUUCCCCUUCCACCUGAUGUUCGAUAGGCAAAUGAAAAUCGUUCAGGCCGGCAAGGCUGUGUCUCGAGUCAUUCCCAGAGUUGCCGAGGAGAACUGCUCCCUAAUAGAGGUGGUGGAGGCCAUCCGGCCGCACCUGCAGCUCAACUUCGAGAACAUCCUGUCCCACAUAAACACCAUCUAUGUCCUGCAGACGCGUCAGGGGGCCAUGAGCAGCCGGCACGAGCAGCGUUUUCUGAGACUGAAGGGGCAAAUGAUGUACAUUCCGGAAACGGAUCGGAUACUGUUUCAGUGCUAUCCCAGUGUCAUGAAUCUGGACGAUCUGACCAAGAAGGGACUCUACAUCUCGGAUGUGCCGCUGCACGACGCUGCCAGGGAUUUGGUGCUGCUCUCGGAGAAGUUCGAGGCGGAGUACAAGCUCACCAAGAACCUGGAAAUGCUCACCGACAAGCUGCAGCAGACCUUUCGCGAUCUGGAGAGCGAGAAGCAGAAGACCGACAGGCUGCUCUAUUCGGUGCUGCCAAAGUCGGUGGCCAAUGAGUUACGACAUCAGCGUCCUGUGCCGCCCAAGCGCUACGACUCCGUGACGCUGAUGUUCUCCGGCAUCGUGGGCUUUGGCCAAUACUGUGCGGCCAACACGGAUCCCGAUGGGGCCAUGAAAAUCGUGAAAAUGCUGAAUGAGCUCUACACGGUCUUCGAUGCUCUGACCGACUCCAAGCGCAACCUGAACGUGUACAAGGUGGAAACAGUUGGCGAUAAGUACAUGGCCGUUUCCGGACUGCCCGACCACUGCGAGGAUCAUGCCAAGUGCAUGGCACGGGUGGCCCUCGAUAUGAUGGACAUGGCCAAGAACGUCAAAAUGGGCUCCAAUCCAGUGCAAAUCACCAUAGGCAUCCAUUCCGGCGAAGUGGUGACUGGAGUGAUCGGCAACAGAGUGCCGCGCUACUGUCUAUUCGGAAACACCGUCAAUCUCACCAGCCGGACGGAGACCACCGGCGUUCCGGGUCGCAUCAACGUCAGCGAAGAAACCUAUCGGCUCCUCUGUCUGGCGAUCAACCAGGAUGACUCGUUCCACUUGGAGUACCGCGGACCCGUGAUCAUGAAGGGCAAACCCACGCCCAUGGACUGUUGGUUCCUGACGCGUGCCACCAGCAGCAUUUUGGGAGGCACUUCCUCCACCGGAGGCGGUGGCGGUGGCGGCGGAGGAAACGGCAGCUUGGACUCGCCGCUGCUGCAGCCAGCCACUCCGACGACCGGCGGGGCCACGCCCAUUCCCGCAGUCGCCCAGCGGACAGCAGGACAUGCCAGCGUGUCACGUACUUCGUCCGCAGGAGCAGGAGGUGGAGGUGGAGGCACAUAGGAGCUGUGCACGGACUCGUCCUGCUGCUGCUGAAACAUCCUGUAAAGUUGCCACUGCGUGCGUGACUCCAUCUGUCCGAAUGUCUGCGGCCAAAUCUGCAGGUCCUUGGACCACUUAACCACUUCAUUUCUAUGCCUUUGUGUUUGUCAUCCUGCAUCCUGCGUCCUGCACCCUGCAUUCUGCGCCCUGUGUCCUUUCGCCCCGUGUCCUGCAUCCCAAAACCCAAGUGUGCGUUCUUGGCAUUGUGUGAUUGUUGCUGCUGGCACAUUGCGGCCGGAGCCCAAGGAACGUCGGAUCGUUGUGCAAGCCUGUGGAUUAUCCUGUAAAAAUGUUUAAAAUCAUCUGUGCGUGUUGCGUGAGUCCUUGUAGAUGUGUAUUAUUGUGUAAAGAACGUGUAAUUUGUUAAUAUGUAUUUAUUAUGAUUCUACUUUGUGAUGGUUUCUUAGGCUGAACUUUUUCGUGUAACUAUACUAUAACCUAAAGGCAAAAUUACUCGAACUGUAAAAAUCGACGAGCGAAACAAUGUAAGGCAAAUAUUCUAACCGAACCACUCGACUUUGGGACAACUUAAUUAAGAUGUAAACGUAAAUUAGCUUAACCACAAGGCACCAAAGGAAAACAGACAAAAAGACAAAAAGACAAAAAGACGAAAAGACAAAGAUAUAUGAAUAUACACACUAUACAUAGAUGUAAUUGGGUUCGUCAACUUCUAUACAGGGCUACCGACCAGUAAAAACAACCAAAUUGUUAGCAUCUCAACUGCACCAAGUUAAGAAAGAAAGUAACUCUAUACAAAUGUACAACCAGAACACAACCAAGUAUUUACAUGGACAGAUGUUCUAUAGCGCAGCAUCUAGAAAGGAGGAGAGUAGGUUAAGAGCUCUCCAACCCGAAGUUCGUUUAAGUUUCCAUUGAUCUAUGGCCAUUGUUACGAAGGACAAAUCUCUACUUUACUAUAACUGAGAAAUAGCUUUAUAGUUCUUAAGCCAUCACGCCGGAGGUCUCUCUCUUCUUCUGCAAUCAUGGACUAUUAUAACACCUACCUAUAUAUAGAGACGAGUAUAUAUAGAUAUAUUCAUAGCAAUAUCAAUGUGCACAGAUGCAAGUACUAAAUUUAUAUAGCCAACCGUUUAGCUGAAUGUUCUUCUAAGACGAAGCUUAGCUUAAGCCCUGGUCCAAAGGGACUCGAUGCGUUUUUUUGUUGAUCCAAUUGGUUGUUGAGUGUUAGUCUAAGUUACUUACUUGUACUGUAAAAAGGCUAAGAAGUGUUAAGUGCUAAACUAACUAACUAAAUACACCCCAUCCCCUGUCUGUCCAUCCCUAUCUGAUUUCAUCUGUACACAACGUGGAGUAAAUGUUAAAUAUGUUUAAAUAAAAUCAAUAUGUAUCUGUACCCAAGAGUAAAUCGCAAGAUAAACAUACGCAGAAACCAAUAAAAUAUUUCAUUGAACCCUGA